AUGGGCAUAAUACUGAACAGUUUGGCCCUUUAUGUGUUCUGUUUUCAGACCAAAGCAAGGACACCCUCUGUUAUUUACACCAUUAACUUGGUAGUGACAGACCUCUUAGUGGGUCUCUCUCUACCAGCACGAAUUGUUAUGUAUUACCGUAAUGUAGAGACCUGUCAUAUUUGCUAUUAUGUUCACAGUUUUACGUACUCUGUGAACAUGUACUGUAGUAUUCUUUUCCUGACCUGCAUCUGUGUUGAUCGCUACCUGGCCAUUGUGCAAGCCAAAGCCUCACGCAGAUGGAGAAAUCCCAGUUAUGCCAAAUGCAUCUGUGUUUUGAUUUGGAUAUUUGCUGUGAUUGUAACUUUCAUCAUACUGACCACAACGAUUAACCACAAACAUUGUUGUUUUUUCCAGCUACUCAUGCUGACAGGUUUUGAGUAUUUUGUUCCUUUGGUGAUUGUUGUUUUCUACACCCUGCGGAUCAUGUGGACUUUGUCCAAGUCAAUACAAAUGAACCAAAGCCGAGAGAGACGGGUGAAGGCGGUACAGCUCCUCAUAAUGGUGCUGGUCAUCUUCACAGUUUGUUUCACUCCCAUUCAUGUUAGUCAAGUGGUUUUCUGUGUCCGCAGUGAGGUGUCCGGGAUGUCAUCCUCAUUGUGUACCAUGUCACAGUAA